AUGCCAGCGAAAUUACAGCCUCAGCGCACCUUCGAAGAGAAUGAUUCAUAUUACACAGAAAGUUCCCACUCUACCAGCAGCAAGCGUUGCUUUAUACAACGACGCUCUAUCUCCCUGGCAGCUGGCGAACAACUGUUAAAGGGGAGUGUUCAGCCACAAAUUGAUUCAAGGCGGUUUCGAAGACAGGUCUCGGUCGAUGAGGCUUCGCCGUGUGUGGCUAACAGCAGAGCACAAGGCGGCACAACGGCUUCCAGUGCAAUAAUGGCAAAGUUGCGGAAUUUUCGUCGUCAGUUGUAUAUACACAUGCUUGAGAGUGCCGCUCUCUCAAAUGACCUAUCCCGUGCCUUGCCGCGCGAUACAGUCUGUGAUCUCUACUUUGGGGAGGGAGGAAGUGCCUCUCCACGAACCACCUCGUCCGUCCACCUGCCUCAUCUGUCGUGCCUGCGAAAAACCAGCAAAGCGACCAUCGAUUCGACGGAGUCGUUGCGCAACCAGACUCCCACCACAUUGUGUGAGGACUCUCCGCGUUGCCGGGGUCAGAUCCGCUCAUCACGUGGUCGUCAGUCCACUAGUGAUGCACAUGCUCACAGUGAUCAGUUUUUGUCAACAUCGUCAAGGGGUGCUCCACAUGUAGCUGAAAAAGUGUCCAAGCCAGUUUCCGUCUCAGCAGUUCGUGAUAACAAGUGCAUGUCCUGUGUCGAAAGGACUUCCGGGUCGGUGACUUUAUCGCGAAACAAGUCCGCUUCCGUAGGUGCUAACGUGCACAAGUCAAGUAAAGUUCAUCAUACGCCCCCGGACGACAGAUGGAUAUUCGUUCAGAAGGGGAAGACUGAAGAGCAAUGGGAAGAUGUGCCACCAGCGCCCCAAUAUGCACAGGUACCAUACCACCGUUAUGUCCAGGAGAAAAAACCUACUUCCGGCUUUAGAGAGGUUGAGUACGACGAAAAAGGACAGACAUGGGAGAUCUAUGGUGCAGAUCAGGAUCCCAAAGCUCUAGGAAAGGCUAUCGAGGAUCAUUUGGAGAAGUUAAUGCAAAGAAUGCACAGCAAGGAGCAAAACUUCAGUCUGUCUGACAUCACCAUUCAAGGCGAGGCUUUCGCAAGCGUCUCUGGAACAGAGAGUUCUGCUCAGUUUUCGUGCGAAGAGCGUCAGUCAACACGGCAAUGCAAUCAGAGGAGGGCAGUUUUUCAGAAAAGACCUGUGCCACAUCAUUAUAAAGCAAACUUUGCCCAGUCAGUGGAUAUAUUAGUCAGUGAGGACGAACAGAUUGACAAUCCCAAACAUAAAGGCAAAGUGCUUACCCGCAUUAAUCGACUUUUGCAUCGUUCAUUUGCGUCUGUGCCAAAAUAUCAUGUUGCCUCGGAUCCGCAGUCUUGUUCGACUAUCGACAGUAUUCGCCCUGCCGGUGAAGUCUUAAGUGCUCCUAAAAAGUGUACUUUAUCAUCUCUCCCACUGCCUACGGCCGGUAAUACUGACCAAAUUCUCGUUUCUGCUAAUUCCUAA